AUGUCGCAGAUUAUCUUACUCUCUUCCGACAAUGUCGAGAUGAAAGUUGACAAGGAGGUCGCUGAGCGAUCGAUCUUGAUCAAGAACAUGCUAGAGGAUGUCGGCGAAACCCCAGACCAGGCUAUUCCCAUCCCGAACGUUAACGAAGGCGUCCUUCGCAAGGUUAUCGAGUGGUGCGAGCAUCACCGAAACGAUCCCCCACCACCAGCCGAUGAGGACAGCGAUUCUCGCAAGAAGUCGACAGAUAUCGAGGAGUGGGACCAAAAGUUCAUGCAAGUCGAUCAGGAAAUGUUGUUCGAGAUCAUCUUGGCUGCCAACUAUCUCGACAUCAAGCCACUUCUCGACGUCGGUUGCAAGACCGUUGCCAACAUGAUCAAGGGCAAGUCCCCUGAGGAAAUCAGAAAGACGUUCAAUAUCCAGAACGACUUCACUCCCGAGGAGGAAGACCAGAUCAGACGUGAGAACGAGUGGGCCGAGGAGUAA